AUGGCGCUGGCGGCCUACCGACACGUGCUCCGAGCGACACGCAGAGCAUUUCAAGACGACUACCAUCUCCUACAUGCUGCCCGGAUGCAAGCCCGCACAGGAUUCGAGACGCUGAGGACGAUGGACCCCGACUCAGAGGAGGCAAUUAAGGGCAUAGCACACGCUGAGGGCGUAGCAUCUAUAUUACGGCACAACGUUGUGCAAGGCAAGCUCGUUGACGGCUCCAAUGUGAUACGGCUGAAUAUACACGAGGACACAGAGAAAGGCGACAACGACACGGUCAAGAAUCCCCUCGGCAAAGACGGAAGGGUCAAGGUCGGCGGGCUAUGA